AUGCAAAUAAUGUUGUAGUCCAGGUGUCAGUGUCUUCCGGUGCUUAAUUCAGUCAAAAUGGCCCGUCUACCACCGUUUCAUUUCGUCCUUUUUUCGAGUGCUUUGUUCAUUGUAUACACGAAAUUUGUCCACUGUAAUAACGGCAGAAGGACUGGUGAUGCCUUGGACACUGAAUUCAGUGGCUUCUCUGUGCCUCUUGAACAUUCAUUUGAAGUUGAUGAUGUAGCAAACUUUAGGGUUCGUGGAGCGCUGGUGUUAAAAGCAGGAAGGGAGCAGAGUGUCUCGCUGAGUCAGAAUCUACUGUCAGAGGAAGACAGAACUAAACUGAAGGAAGUUGCAGCAGUUGAUGGUCUUUACAAAAUCCGAGUGCCUCGCGUUUUUCUGCAGGCAGACAGACAGACAGAGCGACAGAUGGAAGGCUACCUGACAGCUUUUGUCAGAGCUUGUGCCAUGGUUGAGUCCCAUCUGAGCGACGUAAUCACCCUCCACACCGACGUCACUGGGUACCUCAUUGGUGUCUCCAUAGUGACGAUACCUGGAGCCUGUCGCGGCACAGAGGUGGAGGAUGAAGUUGACCUUGAGGUUUUCAACACCACACUCAGUGUCAUGGCUCCUGUUAAUGCUCCUGGGCCUGAAACUGCUCUGUUUCUUGAACGAAUGGAACAGGAGUCAGAGAAGAAAGGGAAGAAUCCACAAGAACAGAAAUCCUUUUUUGCUAAAUACUGGUAUUUGAUUCUGGGAGGUGCUAUCUUCCUCAUGGCUACCAAUUCGGCACAGCCCCCAGCAGGGGGAGACAGAGAGCAGAGCUGAUUCCCACUGAAUGGAUGUACAUCGUGCCUCUCGUUCUCUUCCUGAUGAUGUCCGGUGCUCAGGACCAAUCAGGAGGCGGAGCUGGCGGUGGAGCAGCCAAUGGAGGUGGACGAUGAUCGUACUGCCGUCGACUUUGUGCUGUUUUUCUGUGAACUUUUACUGAACAAUAACGGUCUUGAAAUGAUUGGAACUGCUGUACAUAAUGCUGUUUAAGGAAGCUAAAUAUGUGUCACUUGUACAGUAUAGAAGAGAUAUUGUGCCCUGGCCUGCAGAUGACUGCAUUUUAAUACUACUAACAAAAUAAAGUAUUUAUUACUUCCUGA